AUGUCGUCGCGCGCGACCGCGGCGGCGACGCGCGCGCGAUCGCCCCGCGCGGGCGUCGCCCGGCGCUUCGACGGUCGUCGCGUCGUCCGGGACGUUCAGCGUAAUCUGACUCGGAUCCCCGCGCGCGCCGCGUCCUCCUCCUCCUCCUCCUCCGAGGCGGCGCCCGACAACGGAAACAAACUCCUCGUCCUCGGCGGAACCGGGUUCGUGGGCGGGAACGUCAUCGAGCGCGCGCUCGAGGGCGGGUACUCCGUCGUCUCCAUCUCCCGGCGCGGCGCGCCGUCCGCGUCCGCGCGCGGUCCAACCUCGUCGCUCGACGGACGCGUGGACUGGCGCGUCGGCGACGUCACGCUCCCGUCCACGGUGCGCGACGUCCUCGCGGAGGGCGGCUUCGUCGGGUGCGUGCACGCGGUCGGGAUGCUCCUCGCGUCGGACCUGAACGCGUACGCGUCGGGGAGCGGCUCCGUGCCGUCGGCGGGGUCGACGUACGACGACGUCACGCGCAAAUCCGCGUUUCACGCCGCCGACGCCGUCGCGGAGCUCGUGAAGCCCGUAGACUUUACUUCGGCGUCCGACGGCACCCGCAUUUAUACAACGUCAAAGAGGUCGCCGCCGUUCGUGUUCGUGUCCGCCGCGGAGGCGAAGUGGGACUUCCGCGCGCCCGUGGAGUGGCUAGAGGAGUACCUCGUCGCGAAGCGCGCGGUUGAGGAGAAGCUCGGCGCCAUGACCGCAGCGGGGGCGCUGCGCGCGACGAUCCUGCGGCCGUCGCUCGUGUACGCCUUCGACAAGCCCGCGUCCUUUCCCGCGGUCGCGGCGUUCGUGAUCGGGAACGCGAUCGGGCUGCCGUUCGUGGAUCGGCCGGUCACCGCGGGCGCGCUCGCGACGGCGGCGGUGAGAGCCGUCAAAGAGGAAGCGGUGGAGGGGAUACUAGAUUACGUCGGGAUAGAGGAGCUGUCGUGCGACGCGUCGUUCAACGAGCUGUUCGAGUUGAAUUGA